AUGGUAUCAGAGCGUCUCUCCAAUGAGAAUUUGAUCCUAAUGUCUUCCCCAACACAACCUACCUUCGAAAUCCCCCUUGUUGUUUUUAACAUCACAGCUCAGAUCAAUGAGAAACUCACACCUUCCUCUUUUCCCCAAUGGAGAGCUCAGUUUGAGGCUCUCCUAAUUGGCUAUGAUCUAAUGGACUACGUUACUAGUGAAUCCCGUUGCCCUUCCUCUGAUGGCACCCCACCAUCUAUAGCCAAGAAACACCACUGGGUUAGGCAAGAUAAAUUAAUUCUUAGUGCCAUCUUUGCCUCUACUUCCCCAACCAUUACCUCUCUUAUUGCCACAGCAAAAACCUCCUAUGAUGCCUGGAAAAAAUUAUCCACCAUGUAUGCAAGUAAAUCGCGUACAAGGGCCAUGCAACUCAAGGAAGAACUCACCUUGAUUCAGCGUGGAAACCGCCCAAUUCUAGAGUACCUUCAUGCCAUUAAAGGCCUGGCUGAUGAGAUUGCACUCAACGACCACCCAAUCUCCGACGACGACAUCACUCUCUACGUCCUCAACGGGUUAGGACCCGAAUUCCGUGAGAUUGCUGCCCCUAUUCGGGCAAGAGAAAAAUCCCUUGCCUUUGAGGAGCUUCAUGACCUCCUUAUAGGGCAUGAAAAUUACCUGCACAGGAUGGAGGCUGCUACCCAGUAG